UCUGAGCUCAGAGCUCAGCCUGGAAAGGGUGGACCAUCCUGUAAACACUGAGCAGAACUGAGCCUUUCCGGAGUUCAGCCUUUCAUUUACUACACCAAAGAGAGCGGCUCAGUUAUCUGAGGUCCAGUAUGACUCUCCCUCUCCUGCUGUUCGUCCUCAUUCACCUCUGUGGCCUGCUGGCAUGCCAUGGAUUCAAAAUCUGUGCUUUCAAUGUUCAGAGUUUUGGAGACUCAAAAGCAGCAGAUGGGAAAAUUUUACACACUCUAACUCAGAUUGUGUCGCGCUGUGACGUGUGCUUGCUUCAAGAGGUCAGAGAUAACAGGAAGAAGGCCAUUCCAAAACUGCUCAACAGCCUCAACAACUUUGACAGUAAUCACCAAUAUGACCAUGUAUCAAGUGGGCGACUUGGCAGAUCACAGACUUAUCAGGAGCAAUACGUGUUUGUAUUCAGAAGGGACUCAGUGAGGCUCAAAGAUCAGUAUCAAUACCCAGACACACAAAAAGGGGAUGAGGAUGCUUUCGCCAGGGAGCCCUUUGUAGUGCGAUUCCAAGCACCUAAAACAGUGAUGGGCGAGUUUGUCUUGGUCCCGGUUCACACGACCCCCACAAAUGCCACCAAGGAGAUUGAUGAGCUCUAUGAUGUGUUUGAAGAUGUAAGACAGAGAUGGAGGACAGAGGACAUGAUGUUCCUUGGUGACUUUAAUGCGGCCUGCGGAUAUGUAGCCAAAAAGAACAGGAAGAACAUAAGACUGUACACUAUGUCCUCUUUCGCCUGGCUGAUAGAAGACAAACAGGACACUACAGUGAGAGAAACCACUGACUGUGCAUACGACAGGAUAGUCGUGCACGGAGACACGUUUCUCAGAGCUGUAGUACCAUUUUCAGCUCAGCCGUUCAACUUCGCCAAAGAAUAUCGUCUCACAGAGGAGGAGGCUCUGAAAGUAAGUGACCAUUACCCUAUAGAAGUUGACCUGAAGACCAAGUCAGGAAGUGAGCGGGGAUGCGCACACUCAAACUUGCUGCCUUUCACCUUUGGCCUUGUCCUCCUGCUUCAAAUGAGUGCAGACUGAUGUGCUCAAUGCAGACACUUUUAUAAGCCAGUUUAAAAUGAAUUAAGAAUGCACUGAUUCCUUUACUUGAAUCUUUUUCACACCAACGCUGCACUUAAAAGAUAAAAUGCUGGGAUUUUGCUGGAGUAUUGUGCCAACCAUUUAUUUAUGCUGCCGUCACAAGCUAUCCUUAUUGUGGUAAAUAUAAAGUUCCACGUCAACCACUAUUUUCAAGAUGAGGUGACCUGCAGUAUUUUAACAAGACAAUCAGUAUUAAAUGAUAAAAGGGCUAUGGGGAACCAGCACGCUUUUAAUUUGAUAUUUAUUCUAUCAUUUUCUCCAACAGGAUAUGAUAAUCAAAUUCCAAAAGUGAAAAAUAAAAUCCAAUAAGCAACAGCAUUAGUCAGGCAUAAUUCAAUCCCUGUCCUGACACCCCCCUGGGCCAGCACAUUUUUAAAAGAUUGCCUACUUUACUGCACUCACUGAAUCAAAGAACGGGCUUGUUAAUAAAUCAGGUAUGCCAUAUAGGUAUAGCCACUUUCUGGACAAGGGGAGUGUAAAUACCAGGAUUAAAAGAAACCUAGUGGAUGCAACAAGUGCCUUAAACAAUAGAGAAAUGUGUGAUUAUUUUUUUUUAAACUUACUUUUACCAUCAUUGUGGUAAGCAUGUUUUGUAAUAAAAUGUUUGCAUUUUCUUUUC